GGUAACGUCAGGUGCAUACUGUUCUUGAAAGUUAUGCUUUAGGGAGUCGUGCUGAAUUUUGCUGGGCAUGAAAUUGUCCCGCAAAUGUUAUUUUGGAAAAAACAAUGCAACUUUUAACAUCCUGGUAUAAUUUGUCUUGUUGAACUUAGUUAAGAAGAUGUAAUUAACUGUAGAAGAUGGGAAGGCAUUUUAGCAACACUGAUGCAGACAAAAUCAUCAAAACAAAAAAUGUGAAAAAACGCUGGUAUGAUGCAUCUCUUGACCAAUGAUGAACACUCUGAAGGGCAGAAGACCACAACCAAAACUUACCCCCCUUCCAGAAGGCAGCAUAUCUCUUAAUGGUUUUAGAGGAAAUGCUCAUGAACAGUCAAAGUUCAAGAAUUCAAACAUCAGACGAGCAAUCAAGACAUACCAAAAACCAAAGUUUGCAGUAGAGUCCAUUGCAUGUAGUUGGAAAAAACAUGUAAUGCACACAUUAAAAGAUAAGGAAAAAGCAACCUUGUCUGAACAACAGGAUAUACUGCACAACAUGAGUAAUGACUUGACCACAUUUGAAACAAAUAAUAGUCCCACUGUAUGUCAAGAAGGAGACAGCUGCACUACUUCAGAGUCAACCAGUUCUGCCAUAAAAGAAAAGGUUCAUAAAAUAAUGAUUGACCUACGACCUGUUUUAGCACAAGUCACUCAACCAUGUGACUCUUAUGAGGACUGGCCACCUGAUCCCAGUGAACCAGAGGAACAUGGGCAUCUGAAAUUAAAAGCAUUCAAAACAAGUGGGAAACAUAAAGAAGAAAAUCCCCAGAAUAAGAAUGAGCUAGAAAUGCUUGUUAGAGAGUCAGUUAAUGAAGCCAGAUCUGCUCUACCAAAAUUAGUAAUUAAACAAUUGAAGGAUAGCAAUCCUCCUUGUUUGCCUGCUGCUGUCAGGAAAGACAUCACACAGGCUCAGGCUACAGAGCACGGCAUUUUGCCAAGUAUCCCAAAUCCAAACUUGCAUUCCAUGUGUUCCAAUUCUUCUGUUUCAUUACCAAGGAUAAUUCUACAGCAGAGACAUCAGAAUCAGUUAACUGACAGAGGUAAACUGUCAGACAAGGGUGAGAGACAAUAUCUAAGCCUUCCUCUGGAUUUACAGAUCACAGUACCUCAACUUCUGCAACAAGUCAAAGAAAAUACAAGCAGCAAAAACCAUUUCCUGAUUGCUCAGGUUCUGAGAUCACUUAGGGAAGGUCUUUGGCUGGACAGCUCUUUGACUGAAAAUCAUAGGAAUCAUUCGGUAGUGGAAUCACUUGACAGAAGACUGGGCAGGCUGGAUUUUGGCCAAAAUUCAAAGAAAAUGGCACUAGAGUGCAAGGGUUCCAGAAGCACUAAAUCUGAAUUCCCUGAUGGGUUUCCUAGAGAAAUGAGCAGGUCAGUUCAGCUCUGGACCUAUCUUCCCAAACUACAUAUGAAGAGUAACUUAAUAGCUGAUCAUGGAACAAUAUGGAACAGCACUGCAUGAAAAUAGAAUCCAAGUAGAAAGGUCAAGCUGGUGUAACCGGAAACAGGAAGAGUCAACAAUUAUUUGCAAAUGUAGUAAAAAGGAUGGUCACUGGAAUGCACAGAAAAAGGAAAAUGAUGUUUUACACAGUAAAUUAGAAUUUUUAAUAAUAUUUUGGAAAGAAUGGACUGCAUAUUUAAAAGAAUACUUCAGUAGGUAACAAAAUACUAAAAAAAUGCAGUUUAAAAGCUGGGAAAAUAACAAAAGUAACUAGAUUUAAGCGAAUUACUUGGGUUUUAUUUAAAACUCUCUUGCCCCUAAACUUAAAAAAAGUAAAGAAUUAUCAUAAAUUCAGAAAACAGAUAAAAACGCUAAAUAUUUCUGAGCAUUUGUUUUACUGAAACACAUUCUGAUGUUGAACUUGUGCUUGCUGAUUAAAAAAAAAAGUUUUGUACUAGAAGUGUCAAUAAUCCCUAUGACCUUGUCUGAUAGCUCACUCCUCUACAACAACCUAACUGGCCAUUUGUUCCAGCAGAACAGGCUGAGUGAAAAUCCUAUGGCCCAUUUGCAUAAUUUCUCCACUUCCUGGUAAGAGUCAGGGUGGCUGUAGGGAGUGGGCCAGCUUGCUGGUCCUGAAAGGCACCUUUCCCACUCACUCUGGGAGCACUCCCUCCCUCCUUACUAGCUUCUUCAAGACUGAAUUUGCUACUCACCAUGAGGAGAAAUAUGUCUCUGCAUAGUCUUUCCCUUGGCUACUCUGCAAUUCUACUUGGUAACGCCAGCUCAUCUGGCUCAUAAUUCCACUGAGUAGACAAUCAGUACUCUUGCUAGGUGUCCUUCAUGAGGUGAGAGAAAGACACCUCCCUUCCCCCAGUACCACCAUCCAAGUUAGGUACCUAUAAAUUGAAAAAUCAAAGAAAAAAAUCCAUGGUGUCUUUCCCGACUAGCGCUCAUUAAGAAAGGAGGACUGUUCUCUAGUUCUGCAUAGUCUGUACUCCUCAUCUUAAAAGGUCUGUUGUCUGUUUUGAGACUGGUAAUCCUUAAAGAACAAGGUCCAUCCUCCAAUAAAUCUCCACAGUCUGCGCAUUACAAAAAAAUUAUAGGAAGCACCUUAUAUCACUAAUGAAGCUCUAAAACACCUCAGCCUUGAUCACAAAAGCACUACUGACAUUCAUACCAGUAGCAUACUGCUAGCAGAUUAGCAUCUCCUAAUCACGGCCCCAACACCCUGCAUCUGGGGCAGCUGCCACCUUUAUCCCACUAUUGCUAUGCUACUGCCAACCAGCUUAUACAAGUAACAGAGCCAUUAGUCAAACUUGGGGGUCACCUGCAAUGUAGCUAGGACUUACUCUCUCUAUACCUCAGUGCUUUCUAGCAGACAACUGAGUCUGAACAUGAAGUGAUACACAACCAAGAUUUGAACACAUACAUCCAGGCUUGUGCAUUGUCCAGUUGUGCCUGCUUUAAAAUUCAUCCCUUAGAUGCUGUAAAAAUCAAUGUCAGAAGGUUAAAAAUGUUAAGAAUUAUUCCAUAAAAGUAAAUGCACCAUAAGAGUACUUUCCUGACAUUAUUACCUUGAUGAUUACACUAUGCUUUCCUUCAAAGCUAAAUCUGUGGAAACUAUGCAUACCAGUGUCCCACAUAUGUAAAGAUAAAGUUGUUUCAAGUUAAAUGGGGUAAAAUAUUAAGAACCAUGGCUUUAUGGUAAUUCAUGCAUGAGAUUAAUGUAUUUUUUUUUACUCUUCUUUAUUGAUCUUGAAACAUCACAAUAUACCAAUACAAAAGCAUACAUUAAAUUACUGUACAUAAUCCACAUCUACUACCAAUUUCACAUUUCUUUUCAAGUCAUCAGUUAAGCAAUUUGUUUCACAGUCCUCCUCCUUGACCCAGCCUUCAUCUUUUAGUGCUGUUAGGAUAUUAAUUCUUGCACAUCUCCUUAGCAUGGCAACCUCCUUUAUAACCACAGCAUACGUUCAUCUAUAUGUAUGUAUAUCUGCAUGCAUGAUUACGUCAAAAAACAAUGAACACUAAAAACAGCAAACAAAAAAGAUCGAUCUUUACAGAUCAAAUCAGAAAAUAACAGAAAAAUCACACCUCCUGCUAAUUUAUUAUACUGAUUCUGAGAUCACACAACAGUGGGAAAUGGUAAAUUCCCAGCCCCUGCUGUAUCAUGAUCUAGCAGAUAGAGCAUCUGGCAUCCUGCAAAACAAAGAAAAAAGAAGAUUCUCUCUUUUGAUCAUUUGCUGUAACAAACUAUAAUUUUUAUAUAUAUAUAUACAUAUGGAUAUAAAUAUAGAUAUACAGUUGUAUUUUAUACUAUAUUUUAUUUACCUUUCCUAUUACUGCACAAACGAAUAGCUGCAACUUGCUAAGACAAAUAAAAGAGUACUUUAAUCUACCUUGUAUCUUCACUAUUCCCUGUUUAUUUUGUUGUAUACACAUGCAUGCUAAAUAUGCUAUUACCCUUGUUUUACUUAUUCCAAUAGUAUUUCCCUCCCAACAACAAUACUCAUCA